AGCAGUGGAUAAGCAGCCAUUGAUUGAUGAACGAACGUCCAACCAAAUGUGAAUAAUUCGAUCCAAGUGCAGUCGACGAAUAUCGCCAAAAGAGUAUCUUGCAUUGAUCCCGGCACGUUGCGAAAAAUCGUCGGGUAAAUGGCGAGUCAUAAUUAUUUGAACGAUCCUAAAAAUCCGUUCUUCUCGUUAGAGGAUGACGUAGACGACGAGACGUUUCUGAGAAACGCUCCAAUUAGAACUGUACCCGCGGGGCGUUAUGAGAACCUCGAUAAUGACAUUAUGCAAACGCGGCAGCAAUUGUUGCAACGUAAAAAGGAAAUCGAGGAGCGUACGGUACAGUCUUCUGAAAGAUCUGUUUCGCUUCUGAGAGACUCGGAGCAAAUUGGUGUAGCCACAGCCGAGGAAUUAAUCAGACAAAAGGAACAACUGCAGAGGACAGAAAAAAGAUUAGAUGAUAUUAAUAGCACAUUAAGAUUUAGUCAAAAACACAUACAGGGCAUAAAGAGUGUAUUUGGUAGCCUGAAAAAUUAUCUCAGUGGCAAAUCUUUAGAUACUCCGAUACCAUCUACAAAGUUAUCAGAAUCUUCCAGUUCUGGUUCCAUGACAUCUCCUGCAUUGUCCAAUACAUUAGAACAAGUACAAAGUGACAUAAACAAUUCAUAUUCUUCAACAAUGAUAAGAGGAAGUUAUGAUCAUACUCCGGAAGAUGUUAAACCUGUCGGUGAUAGAGUAACUAAAGUUCUCGAACAGAAUCUAAGUGAAAUGAGUGGAUCAUUGGCAAGACUGAAACAUCUAGCAAUUGGUUUAUCUGAAGAAAUAGAUUCACAGAAUGACCUAAUCGAUAAUAUCACUGAUAAAACUGAGAAAGCUGAUAUAACGUUGCAACAACAAAAUAAAGACAUGUUACAUUUAUUGAAAAAAUAAGUUCGAUAUAUAUCAAAA